AUGCAAGCGCACUAUUCAGAGGAGAGUUUAAUUCAUCAAGCGAAAGAGGAAGUGUUCUUUGGCACAUGGAAAUCGAUCGAUCAGCUCGAGGGGGAGGAAUUCAAGCUACAGCGACUUAUUGAAGAGAGAUUAAAGGCUGAAUUUGGAGAGAACGAAGAAGAAGACGAAGAAGAUAUGAACUCGUUAAUUUCAACAGAUCUUACCGACAGAGCGCAGAAGCGAAUUCAAAGAGAGCAAGAAACGACCUCAGAAGAGAAAGUUAUGGACGCCAAGGUUGCCAAUCUUUCAACUUUGAAAUGGUACUCGCCAGAUGCGCUCGUCAAGAGCGAGUCUCAAAAAGCAGCAAAGCAGAGAAAAGAAAUCAUCAAAACGAUGGCCCGAGGAUCGCAAAGCAAAAGUGUUUUAAAACGAUGGGAAGCGCCAAAGCCUGAACCAUCUACAGAGGAUAAGCUGUCAGGGAAAGAGCUCGAUUCGCACAAGAAAUAUCAGGAGAGGCGCCGCAGUCGAAUCAAGGACUGGUCGGGAGUCUCAAAUUCAUUCCAGAGAAACACAGAGAACGGAACAGAAAACGGAACCUCUCAAAAUUCAAACCCCGACAUUGACACGAGCACACCAAACAUCAAAAACAUAAUGAGUCAAUGGAAGGUUAGCCAAAUACCCCACAGAGAGCCGUCUUAUAAGCGCCCGAAUAGAAUAGAGGACAGAAUCAACGACGAGAUCCGCCAGGCUGCUGAGAAAGAGGCUCUUUACAGAAAAGAAAAGGGACUUCUCAACGCUCCAAAAGCUCCCGAGCGAGAAAGCAAGAGUGAUCUUGAAGACGCGACGAGAAAGCUAGAGCAGCUCAAUCGAAUCGAAGAAGAACUUGCUAGAAUUGAGCGGGAGACGAUGUCACGGGCAAAUUCUAGCUCAAACUCUGAACAGAUAAACGGACAUCAGGAAGAACCAGCUAGAGAAGUUGUAGAAGAUCCUGAUUAUCAGUUGAUCCUGGAUGCUGAGCCAUCACCAAAUACCACGCUUGACGAAAGUGAUCACAUCGAACCGGAAAUGGAAGAACCAAAGCCUGCGAUCGAACCAGAAGCGGAGCCGAUCUCAGAGCAAGUGGAACCAGAACCGGAGGAUGUUGAGUCAAACGAUGUAGAGGGAGCAGAGGAGGGUCAAGCUGAGCCAGAAGAAGACACAGAAGCAGAGAAGGAAAUAGAAUCAAAAGCGUUACCAAUAAUAAGUCCCGACGAGCCAGAAAUUGAAGACAAAGUGGAGAAAACAGCCGAACAGAACUCAAAAAUCGAUCAAGACGAAAAUGCCCAGUUAGACACUUCGCAAGACAUUCCAGAGAGUAAUACCACACAAGAUGACAAUGAAGAGGAAGAGGAAGUUGAGCUCCCAGAAGUACCUGCGGAGGUUCAGGACGAUAUCGAUAAGUUUGAGGAGCUCGCCAAUCUUGUCGAUAAAUCUGCAGCUGAACUUACAUCAAAUGCUGGUUCUAUUUCAGACAGUGGAAUCGACCAUAAAGAUGAAAGUCAAAACUCGAUGACGACUUCUAUUGAGUUCAACCCACCACGGGACUCGGUCUCUUCACCGCUGCCCUCUGCAUCUUCGGAUCACCCAGAUCAUCCGGAUCAUCAAUCAGCAGACGGCGACGAGAACAAAGUGGAUGAAGAACAGAAUAACAACCGAGAGACAAAUACUACCAAGUGGCUCAAGUCGAUCGCCCCACGCGGAUGGAAAUCGUCAUACAGCUCGACGAGCUCAAGAAGAUCAAGUACCGAUCAGACCGACGACGUUUUCAACAGUUCACAAUACUCCAAUCUCGACUCUCUCCCGAGCCCGGUCAAAGAAGUCGGCACAACUGACAUUUCAUCCCUUCCACUUCGCAGAGAAAGCGAAAAAGCCCCGAUUCCUUACGCUCGCGCUCCUAGACCGCGCUUCAGCAUCAGCUCCGCACGCCAAACCGCUCAGACUAUAAUCGAUACUGAGAUUGAAAGCUUCAAGCAGCCUCCUCCUAAGCAAAAGAAACGCUUUAGCUUCAUCUCCUGCUGCAGAAAAUGA